AUGGAUAAGUUCGCUGCCUUUGGCAAGAACAUCAGCUCGGCCUUCAAUUCGACCGUCACCCCCUCUUUCCAGCGAAGCCAGCAGUAUCUGAAGGAGCAAUUUGGAAAUGCCGAAGACAAGACUCAACUCCCAGCUGAUUACACGGAACUCGAAAAGCGAGUCGAGGCCUUGAAGCAGGUUCAUCAGAAGCUUCUCGAUGUGACGUACCAAUACCAGAAUGAAGCCUACGAUUACCCGCCCAAUAUCCGUGAAUCGUUUGGGGAUUUGGGUCGAAGCAUCUCGGACAAAGUGAGCCUGCUAUCCAAGGCCUCCAAUGCCACCGAGGCCGCAAAUGCUUUCACUGCGCCCCCAUCGGCCAAGCCGCAACCGAAGACCUUCAACCAUGCCAUAGCCCGCGCUUCGUUGUCUAGUUCCCAUAUGCUCAAGCAGGCCAACACGACCGGCGCAAGCGAAGAGCCCCUGGCUGUGGCGCUCGAGCGGUACGCACUGGCGGAAGAGAAAGUGGGCGAAGCGCGACUGGCACAGGACCAGGCCAUUCAGUCACGGUUCCUCGCGGGAUGGACUACCACGUUGAACACGAACAUUCAGUUUGCGACAAAAGCACGAAAAGCCGUCGAGAACAGCCGCCUGUUGCUGGACAGCACCAAGGCGGCCAAGAAGAGUCAAGUGCAGGGCCGAGGGAUGAACCCGGACGACGAGACCGCCAUGAGCGAGGACGCCCGCGCCGAGAUCGAGGCCAAGGAGGACGACUUUGUCUCGCAGGUCGAGGAGGCUCAGGGGGUCAUGAAGAAUGUCUUGGAUACACCCGAACCUCUCCGCAACCUGGCGGAUCUGAUUGCCGCACAGCUCGAGUACCACAAGAAAGCAUACGAGAUCUUGUCGGAACUGGCGCCGGAGAUUGAUCAGCUUCAAGUCGAACAGGAAAGCAACUACCGCAAGAGUAGGGAGGGCGCGUAG